UGUGUAAGGCUCUACCCACACCAGAAACAUUGUUUUGAAACAAAGUUUGUAAACUGUUAGGAAACAGUUUCCAAACAAUUUACGAACUGUGAGCACUGCGAAGGGUGCUGAUUCAGUACCCUCCCGAGGCUUGCAGUGGAAGCACUAUGUGGUCCACAGAAAAAACCCUAGGACUCAUUGAGCUCCUUCACUCAUCCCCAGCACUGUGGGAUGCAUCCUGUAUGGAUUUUAAGAUUAAGGCAAAGAAAACGGACGCCGUGAGAGAGAUUGCUCAUAAACUUUCCGUGGACGAGAGUGAAUUAGAAAAGAAGAUCAAGGCUCUCAAAGUACAAUUCAGAAGGGAACACUUGAAACUUACUUCACUGAAAAAAAGUGGAACUUCCGCGAAGAAGUAUGCAUGGUUUGGUUAUGAGCCGCUCCUGUUUCUGCUGCAGGGACGAGGGGCCAGAGGAAGCCAGCCCGCAGACGCGACGGAGGGAGAGAAGACUGACGCUACAGUGAGGAGUGCUGCCCACCAGGCUGCCGCACCUCAGAGCGCCUCCAAGCCUCGUCCUUCCUCGCCUAACAAAUGGAUUGACGGUAGAGCGGAAGAAACAUUUCAGAUGAUUAAGUCUUUAGCAGAACACACCAUCAAACGGGACGAGUAUCAUGUAUUUGGUGAAAACGUGGCUCAUAAACUGAGGAACUGCGGGAGAAGCAGGCAUGAGGUGUCAUUUGCACAGCACAAGAUCAAUGAGAUAAUCUUCAACUUGGAAAUGGGUUACUUCGGGGAGGACACCAAUCAGUUCCCCGAUGCACAUCUCAUAUUCAGGAAUUCCGUGAAUCCAAAAGAGACAAUCGAGCGAGAGCCACCACCAAACUACAACUAUCGAAACAAACACUGGCCAGGCAGAUUUAUCACGGCAGGCCAGAGCAGGAGAGAUCGAGAGGUGACAAGCACUAAUCGUGGAGUGCAGACCAAACCUGAGGAAUUCUACGUAGCAUGUGUGCUGAUGGGUGAGGAACUAGGUCGUUCUUUAUAG